CCCAGGCCCGAUUCUCCUAUUCCGGGGAGUUCGGCUCAGCUGUGGGGACCUCGUUCUCUUACUCCGGAGACCACUUCUGGGGCCCCAUCACGGCCUUCCGGGUCUGGGAACACCCCAGCAGCUACAUCAAAGCCCUCCAGUUCCAAUUUGCUGGCACAUGGAGCAAAACUUAUGGCUAUGAGCAAGGCACACAUCACGAGGUGAUCCUGUUCCCAGGAGAGGAAAUCACACAGAUCUCUGGGAAACACUCCACCUACGUCUACCAGCUCAUCUUCUUCACCAACUACAGACGCACCUUCUUCUUCGGCCAGCCAGCCGGGGAGAGCUUCAACGCCGUCCCUCUGGAGCAGGGCAACGUCCUGGCCUUCAUCACCGGCCACCACAAUGGGGCGGGCAUCACGGGCAUCGGGAUGCACUGGGACCAGUCCAUCUUGCCGGCAUUAAAAUCCUAUCCCCAGAUCCCAGAG